AUGGUGGAUUUACUUGACUUCUUUCGACAACUGGCAGGCCGAGCCUGCACGUUGGUUCCUGCUUUGUUCAUCAUUGCGGGAGCUGUGGCUAUCAUCAGUGUUGUACGAUCGUACAUGCGCUUGAGCCAUAUCCCUGGACCACAAAUAGCAUCAUUGACGAAUCUCGUCCGUCGCUCAUGGGUCAUAACGGGCAAUGCCCAUCAGAUCCAUACGGACCUCCAUCAACGCUAUGGGAAGGUUGUACGUUUUGGACCCAACGCGGUCAUGGUCUCGCAGCCUCAGGCUAUUGAAAAGAUUUACGGCUUCAAGUCCGAGUUCUAUGACGCAAUAAUGCCGAGAGUGAAGGGCGGCAAGAUCCCGGAUGUGUUUGCUACUCGCGACGAGGACAUUCAUCGACGCAUGAGGCGCCCUGUAGCCAAUUUGUAUUCUGUCACUAGUUUGACCAAAUUUGAGCCUCUGAUCACGGCAACUAUGCAAUACUUCUUCAUUCGCCUAGACGAGCUAUUCAACGACAAGAGCGUAGAGUUCGACAUGUAUCGAUGGAUCCAGUUCUUCAUGUUUGAUGUUCUCGGAGAGGUAACCUUUUCUCAACGUCUGGGUCUUCUCGAAAACGGCGCCGACGUGGAAGAUGUAAUUGAGAAUCUAUGGCUGUAUUUCGAAAAGAUUGCACCAAACACACAGAUGCAGUGGCUUGAUAAUCUAUGGAGGGACAAUCCUUUGGUCCCCGUCUCGACCAAGCGGAACGCAUUGGCAGAGUUUGGUAUGGCGCGCAUCAUGGAGCGCAUGAAUCAAACUGAGGACUCAGUCGCUGAUAAGAAUGAUUUCCUCGCAUACUUCAUCAAGGAACAGGCCAAGGAUAAUACACUUCCCCAUAUGUUCGUCCCUACAUGGGUCAAUUCCAAUAUCGUUGCAGGUGCAGAUACGACCAGUAUAGUCGCAAGUGCCUUGAUGUAUCAUCUCCUCAAAAAUCCUUCAUCCUUGUCAAAACUCAGGGAAGAAAUCGAUGAUGCCGUGGCCAAAGGCCGUAUCUCCAAAUAUGCAACCUGGAGGGAAUCGCAGAAUUUGCCAUACUUGGAGGCAUGCGUCAAUGAAGCUACUAGGAUGCAUCCCCCCUUCGCUCUUCCAUUCGAGCGUGUGGUGCCUGAAAGCGGGUUGGAAGUCGAUGGCUAUUUUAUUCCCCCAGGUACAAGAGUGGGCAUGAGCCCGUGGGUGGUGCACCGUGAUGAAUCAAUCUACGGCGAUGAUCCAGAAGCGUGGCGGCCAGAACGCUGGUUGUGCAGCGAAAAGAAAAAGACAGCCAUGUAUAAUACUCUCCUCACGUUUGGUGCCGGGCACCGUACUUGCUUGGGAAAGCAUCUCGCAUACUAUGAGAUAUAUAAGCUCAUCCCAUCCAUGCUGCAGCGCUACAAUAUUGAGCUCGUCAAUCCAGCUGAGGACUGGUCCAUUAACAAUCAAUGGCUGGCUAAGCCUUCAGGGUUUUGUGUGAAGCUAUCGACCCGCAAUUAG